AUAGGAAUACUAAUCCAACCAAAUCAGUCUGCCCAAAACAAAUAUGCCUUCAGCAUUUUUCCUUCAGCAUAUCCACAAAUUGUAAAACGUGCUUCGGUUUCAGAUAGAUAGAGACAGAGACAACAGAGAGACUACUCUGUGUUUUCGUUCUCGUUCUCGUUCUUGUUCUUGUUCUUGUUCUUCACUGAUUCAAUCACAAGUCAAGUCAAGUCAAGUCAAAGCAAACAAAAGCGUGUCGAAAAUGGCGAGACACGAAGAUCUUCCAAUCCCAAUCUACGAAACACUCGAACCAGUCUACGGAGUCGAAUCUCAGCUCCAAGAAGCUCUGCUUCGAUUCGAAAACUUGAAAUCCAAGUUCAUCCAAGUCUUCGGACACUCUCCCCAUAUCUUCGCCCGAUCUCCAGGGCGAGUGAAUUUGAUUGGGGAACACAUUGAUUAUGAAGGGUACUCGGUGCUUCCGAUGGCGAUUCGGCAAGACACGAUCGUCGCAAUCCGAAAGCGCGAUGCUGGGGAGCCCGAAAAGCGUCUUUUGAUUGCCAAUGUUAGCGAUAAGUAUCCUCUCUGUACUUAUCCUGCUGAUCCAAACCAGGAUAUUGAUCUGAAAAAUCAUAGAUGGGGUCAUUAUUUCAUCUGUGGGUAUAAGGGUUUCUAUGAGUAUGUGAAAUCAAAAGGUUUGGAUGUUGGUGAACCAGUUGGACUUGAUGUCAUGAUUGAUGGAACAGUUCCUACCGGGUCUGGAUUAUCUAGCUCUGCAGCAUUUGUUUGCUCUUCUACAAUUGCUAUAAUGGCUGCCUUUGACGUGAACUUUCCAAAGAAAGAAAUUGCACAGCUUGCAUGUGAAUGUGAACGGCAUAUUGGGACACAAUCUGGUGGCAUGGACCAGGCUAUCUCUGUCAUGGCUCAAUCUGGGUUUGCGGAGCUGAUUGAUUUCAAUCCCAUUCGUGCAACUGAUGUGCAACUUCCUGCUGGUGGUUCUUUUGUAAUAGCACAUUCAUUGGCCGAAUCCCAGAAAGCAGUCACUGCUGCUACAAAUUACAAUAAUCGGGUUGUUGAAUGCCGUUUAGCUGCUAUUGUUCUCGGUAUAAAGCUCGGAAUGAAACCUCAAGAGGCAAUAUCCAAACUGAAAACUCUUUCUGAUGUUGAAGGGUCUUGUGUAUCAUUUGCUAGCAGUCGUGGAUCUUCUGAUCCAGUUGUUGCUGUGAAGGAACUUUUGAGUGAAGAACCAUAUAGAGCUGAAAAUAUUGAGAAAAUCACUGAGGAAAACCUGCAAUCAAUCUUUGCCGAUUCUCCAACUUCUUUGGAUGUGCUAAAAGUGGCCAGACAAUAUAAGUUAUUCCAGAGAGCUUCUCACGUGUAUUCUGAAGCCAAGCGUGUACAUGCUUUCAAGGACACUGUUUCAUCAAACUUAAGUUGUUAUUGCAGUGAAGAGGACAUGUUAAAGAAGCUUGGUGACCUUAUGAAUGAAAGUCAUUAUAGCUGCAGCGUUCUCUAUGAGUGCAGCUGCCCAGAAUUGGAAGAACUUGUAAAGGUUUGUCGCGAUAAUGGUGCUCUGGGAGCAAGGCUUACGGGAGCUGGAUGGGGCGGUUGUGCUGUCGCUUUGGUGAAAGAGUCUAUCGUAUCAGAAUUCAUCCUCAACUUAAAGAAGCAAUUCUAUAAAUCAAGAAUGGAGAAAGGGGUGAUCGAUGGGAGUGAUCUUGGUCUUUAUGUUUUUGCUUCCAAGCCGUCAAGUGGUGCUGCUAUCUUCAAAUUUUAGUUACUCUGCAGUGAAAACAGUAGUUCCAAGAAGCUUU